AUGUUCUCAUUCCGGGAGGCCCUAGCUGAGGAUGAAUUUCCAGCAGUGUGUCCUGCAGGUGAGAAUGAUAUUGACCCCAGUGAUGAUUGGGAUCUGGACUUCUCCUUCCAGGACGAAAACAUUCGUCCAGAAAUCCGACUGUAUGCUGGGGCCCGACCAGAUGUGACUCUCUUCUGCAACGGGGGCACACUUCUGGCUCAUCGAAGGAUUCUGGCAGAGGUCAACUACUUCGCAUCUCUCUUUCAAGGUAGCUUCGCAGAGCACGGAACUGACCGAUUGACUGUGGAGGAGGACUUGGAGGUAUUUCUGGAAGUGAUCCGCUGGAUCUACUGCCGAAGUGCAACUAACGACAAGGAAAAGGCGUUGGACUUGCUGCGACUAGCAGAAUUCUAUGGGAUAGAUGGCCUGAUCGACCAUGCGGCAAGAGUGCUUGCGGCACCUUCCUUUGGUUUCUGCGAAGGAGAGGAACUUAGCCAGCGCUGCCCAGAGUUUGGCCAUAGCUCUGAAGAGGAGAGGCCAGAAGAGUACACUCUGGCGGCCACUGCAAAAGAGUACGAACAGGAGGAUGCAAGACCAGAUAAGUCUCGAAAACUGAAAGAUGUGUGA